AUGGCGGCGCUGGUGGCUUCCGAGGCAGCGGGGCCGGGUGGCCGAGGCGGCCCCGGCAAAGGUCGAGUCCCUCGGGGCCGCUUGGCCAAUCAGAUACCCCCUGAGAUCCUGAACAACCCUCAGCUGCAGGCAGCCAUUCAAGUCCUGCCUUCCAACUAUAACUUCGAGAUCCCCAAGACCAUCUGGAGGAUCCAGCAGGCCCAGGCCAAGAAGGUGGCCCUGCAAAUGCCGGAAGGCCUUCUGCUCUUCGCCUGCACCAUUGUGGAUAUCUUGGAAAGGUUCACCGAGGCCGAAGUGAUGGUGAUGGGUGAUGUGACCUACGGGGCUUGCUGUGUGGAUGACUUCACGGCAAGGGCCCUGGGAGCUGACUUCCUGGUGCACUAUGGCCACAGCUGCCUGGUUCCCAUGGACACGUCUGCCCAAGACUUUCGGGUGCUGUAUGUCUUUGUGGACAUCCGGAUAGACACUGCCCACCUCCUGGACUCGAUCCGCCUCACCUUUCCCCCGGCCAGUGCCCUCGCCCUGGUCAGCACCAUACAGUUUGUGUCCACCUUGCAGGCUGUUGCCCAGGAGCUGAAAACUGAGUAUCACAUGAGUGUCCCACAGUGUAAGCCCCUGUCCCCUGGGGAGAUUCUGGGCUGCACGUCACCCUGCCUGCCCAAAGAGGUGGAGGCUGUUGUAUACCUUGGAGAUGGUCGCUUCCACCUGGAGUCCGUCAUGAUUGCCAACCCUGAUGUCCCUGCUUACCGAUACGACCCAUACAGCAAAGUCCUAUCCAGGGAGCACUAUGACCAUCAGCGAAUGCAGACGAACCGCCAAGAAGCCAUAGCCACCGCCCGCUCAGCUAAAUCCUGGGGCCUUAUCCUGGGCACUUUGGGCCGUCAGGGCAGCCCCAAGAUUCUGGAGCACCUGGAAUCCAGGCUGCAAGCCCUGGGACUGCCCUUCGUGAGGCUGCUGCUCUCCGAGAUCUUCCCCAGCAAGCUGAGUCUGCUUCCGCAGGUAGACGUGUGGGUCCAGGUGGCAUGUCCACGCCUCUCCAUUGACUGGGGCACAGCCUUCCCCAAGCCGCUGCUGACACCGUAUGAGGCGGCGGUGGCCCUGAGGGACAUUUCCUGGCAGCAGCCUUACCCCAUGGACUUUUAUGCGGGCAGCUCCUUGGGGCCGUGGACAGUGAACCACGGACGGGACCGGCCCUCCCAGGCACCCCGCCGGCCUGCGCUGGGGAAGGUGCAGGAGGGACCCGCGCGCCUUUCUCCAGCCGUGGCUUGCGAGGAUUGCGGCUGCAGAGAAGAGAAAGUGGUGCCACUCGCACCGUGA